CCGUUCGGCUAGUUAACUCCCACCGCGACUUCAAUUCUGACCAGAGCUGAAGCGGACAUUCGCUCAUAAAAAUAAUAAAGAUUUUUUUUUUCAAUUGCUGUCCUUUUUCGAGACAUAAUAAAUUUGUAACAGAAAUAAAUCGUACUGCGUCACUAGUCAGACACACAACAGUUUAUAAUUACUCCGGGCAUCGUUCAGCACAUUUAAUUCUUUAAUUUAAAUCUGUCUUUAAAUAAAACAAAAUGAAAACCAAAUUUAUCAACGGGGUUUCUUCUUCCCCCUCAAUGUCGCUGGGUUUGCUAGUGACCGAGAACGCCCUGCAGGUCCAGCCCGACACCGACGAGGAUUGUAAGGAGCUUGCCCGUCUGGACCAGCCCGACCUGGAAACCCGGCGAAAGGCGUAUAUGUGGUGCAGAGAGUUCCUUCAUGGAGCCUGGAAGAGCCUGGCUGAGGAAGACUUUCAUAUCGCCAUCAUAAGGGGAGGUCUGAGCAACAAGCUCUUCCUGUGCAGCCUCCCUGACAGCCUGGACACCGUUGGGGACGAGCCGAGGAGCGUCCUGCUGCGACUGUAUGGGGCCAUUCUGCAGAUGUCCUGUAAUAAAGGGGAUUCCCGACAGUCAAACAAAGAAAAUCACUUCCAAGGGGCGGAGGCCAUGGUGUUGGAGAGCGUAAUGUUUGCAAUUUUGGCUGAGAGGGAGCUGGGACCUAAACUCUACGGUAUUUUCCCUCAGGGCAGACUGGAGCAGUAUGUCCCUAGCCGUAAACUGGACACUUGUGAGUUAAGUGACCCCAGCAUCUCAGCAGAAGUUGCUGAGAAGAUGGCCAAGUUUCAUGGGAUGAGGAUGCCCUUCAACAAGGAGCCAAAGUGGCUGUUUGGAACCAUGGAAAAGUACCUGAACCAAGUCAUGAAGCUGAACUUCACCAGGGAGUCUCACCUGCGCCGCUUCAACCGCAUGCUCAGCUACAACCUGCCACAGGAGAUGGAUAUGCUAAAGUGUCUGCUGGAGUCCACCCACUCUCCUGUAGUGUUCUGCCACAACGACUGUCAAGAAGGAAAUGUCCUGCUGUUAAAGGGUCGCCAGAGCUCAGACAAGCAGAAGCUGAUGCUCAUUGACUUUGAGUACAGCAGCUACAACUACAGAGGAUUUGAUAUUGGCAACCAUUUCUGUGAAUGGAUCUAUGACUACAACUGUGAUGAGUUUCCUUUCUUCAAAGUUGAUGCCCAGGCCUACCCUUCAAAGGCCCAGCAGCUCCACUUUAUUGAAAGCUACCUGCGUGAGUCUGAUCAAGGGUUUGAUAACCUGAGUGAAGAGGACCAAUUGAAACUGAAGGAGCAGCUAUACGUUGAGGUCAACAGGUUCUCCCUUGCAUCCCACUUCUUUUGGGGCUUGUGGUCCAUCAUCCAGGCCCGACUGUCCACCAUCAAGUUUGGAUACCUGGAGUACGCCCAGGCCAGAUUUGAUGCCUACUUCCAGCAAAAGAAGAUCUGGGCCGUCUAACAAAGCAAGAUGACUGGGUGGAUUGAAAACACAUCAAGCCAAACGGCAGGUGGAGGUGGACAUACAAGCUGUUAAAGACUCCACAAUCCAUGCUUUACUUAUGCUCCCUGCCUUGUGAGGAUUUGCUGGUCAUUGUUGGUGAUGUGUUGACCAAAGCCAAAACUUGAUUGUGUGGCUAGGUGCUUAAAAUUUAGUACCCUUGCAGCUCUAAAGUUUGCAAGCAUAACUUAUUAUGAGCCAAAAAAAAAAAAAGAAAAAACAUCAACUUUUACUAACCACCAUCACUGGUCAGGAGUGCUCUCUGGCUCUUCCUUUAGUGGAACCAUAUCACUAACAUGAGGGUUAUGUUUUGAGCAGGAGAGGUGGAUUUAGGUUACAGCCAGAUUGGAUAUGUUAACAUUGCAUCAAUGUUAUGUAUUGAUCAUUCCCUUACGGAAAUGCUCUAUUGAAAAGAACCAAAAUGUGUACUUCUCUUGCUAAAUUCCUCCUUGUGGAUGCAGCCAGCGGCCAGCUAUGUAUAUUAUAUAUAAAUAUAGAUGUGCCAGUUACCUGGCCCCAUCUGUUACUGAUGGGCUGACUUGUUGACCCGUAGAAUCAUGACUUGAUUGACUGGUCAGAUUGAUAUCUUCACUUUGAGAUAUUUCGCACCUUCUGUUUUUUCAUUUUGUGGUUUAAACUGUUGUAUUUGACAUUUCUCCAGGUCAGGGCAAAUACAGGUGUGCUGUAUAAUCAGAUAUGCUAAUGUGCUUUCCACAAGUAAUUCCAGGGGCCUUCUUUAGAAGUGUAAACCUUGACCCACAGGCUUUAAUUGAGACCAGGCUUUUGUUUGAGCUUUGGAAUUUUUUUAGUAUAUAAGGCAACAGAUGCUACUUUCUUGGUGGGGGUUAAGGUCCACCAAAUUCAAACCAAACACAUCAAACAGUGUAGUUCAGUGUCUACCAGCUAGCAACAUAUUAGCUGUGAGUUUGCGCAACCACAUUUUUUCUGACAGAUGUAUGUUUGUUUACAAUUUUGAUUUUAUCACGUUGUUUAUUCGAUCCAGUCUGAACACUGGGUUUCAACAUUUACAAUGUCUUCAUUGGAUUAAGAGACAUUCCAGCUGUGCUUCACAAGCUUGAGAAGUUAUUUGGAGAAAAAUCACCAAACUGCUUUUUUGCUUAUCUGUCUCAUGACUGCAGUGAAGAAACUGUGCUGUCAUUCGGCUCAUGACAAUACUCUUGUCACUGAGAUAAUGCAUUCUUUGGUGAUGUCACUGGCUUAACUGGCUUUCUAAUUUAUUGAAAUAAGUCACAACUAGAAAUUAACCAUUUCUGUUUAGUUUAAAGUGGCUAUCUUAGUCUAAAAACAUACCACUAAGAGCUUAGCCACUGGUGUUACUUCGUCAAAUCCACAUGCACACGCUCUUACUGCAUCAUAUUACGGCUAUUGUCUGUGCCAGUGAAGUGGGAUAUUCGUUUAGAAAGAGAAAAUGUGAUGCAGUGACUAAAUUGACAUGUGGUCUCACUCCUUAAAAACAGCUUAGGUCAAGAAAAAUUCUAUACAUCUCUACUGAGCCACUCAAGAGCUAAACUAUCAUUCACAGAUACACUAAUUUGUCACCUGCUGCUGGCAUAGCCUGCACUUUGCCUUCAAAUAUGUCCUUGAUUACAUUGAAGUUCAGAUUGUUUUUUUUUUACAUUUCUCAUUUUUGUGAAAGUUUUUGGGGGGUUAUCAAUCCUCUCUCUAGUCUUCAGUGGUACCAGUGGCCACAAGCCAGUAGCACAGUGACAUGGGAGAUUAGACUUCUUAAUAAUGCUAUCAUUGUUUGUGAAGCAUUCCAACCGGAAACAAAUAAUCAGUUUAUUCACAGUUUCACACAAGCACAUGCAGCCUAUAUGACAUGAAAUGUGUUUUAAUUAUUAAUUUGACUUGAUUUGAAGCAGACAGGACCAGCUGAAGUGGAAGAAACUGACAUCUCUAAGUCCACUACCUCUGCAACUGUUGCAAAAUCAGUCAAGAUUCAAACAUGAGAUGAUAUGUUUUACAGAGAUGCCUAAAUGUGACUUUGAUAGCAUCCAAGGCUUCAUUUAGGGGAAAGACACUAUCUGUAUGCUUGUUAUGCACAUUACUGUAAACUAACACUCUGUUGCCAUGUUAGGUGUGGGAUAAUUAGCUCAACACUGAUGGCUCGACAUAGCUUAAACUGAAUUUACACCAAAGCAGGAAAACUUUCUCUUCAAUGCAGUCCUGCAGUUUUGUACCUUUGUUGAAAGAUUCCUGGUCAUUGUGGCAUCUUUUUAAGUGUUGGGUAUCAAUCUUACAACAACCCCGUGCCAACAUGCAGUUAAAUUCAAACCCGUGGUUAUGCCCAUUUGACAGUGUUGAUCCAUGAUUGGACCACUGCUGUUUGGGAAAGUGGCAAUAUGACUACUUCAGCUAUUAUUACACAAUACUACCUGGAAAUUAAUUAUUCAUAGUUGUGAAAGAUACAUUUAACUGUAUUAUUCAACUUUGCUGCUAGAAAUAAAAGCAUCACAUUUAGCACCGAGUCUUACCUGCACACCCAUCUUCAUUACUGUUUAAUGAUAGCAAACACAUUUGCUUGUUGUCCUGUUUACGUGGAAGGCAGCAAAAUAAAUAUGUGACUCUUGUGAAGUGUACCAUAGGCAUUACCUUGAGUUUGUUGUGAUAAUGAGUAAACAGUAUUAGAAAGAGUACACAGAUGGAAGGGAACUAAGCUGGAUCCUAACACUAAGCUGACCACCACACCUGUCACUUAAUACUGGAACCAUCCAAAAGGUUCAAUGUCUGCUGUGGCACUUUUGAUCUGUGAAACUAAGAAAAAAUAACCCAAUUUAGUAUUUUCAUGUUUGAGCAUUUUGGGGUUGUUGAACUGUGACUUUUUAAUGAAAGGUUAUCUUUUUUACAUGCAAUUGUAUUUUAUUGUAUAUUUUUUGGUUAGGUUUUCUUUGGGAUGUACUUACUGUAUGGUUUAAAGUUUAUUUUGAGAUGAAAUGGGACUAGUGAGGCAGCAGCUGAAUGUGUAAUGGGAUGUACCAGAAUACUAAAAAUUGAAGUGUUACCGGUACACCCCAGUUGGGACAACAGUAUUUUCUUUCACACCUUUUCUUUCACUCAAAACCUUCAGACUUUUUUUCUUAACUUCUAUCCAUUUUGUUGUUUCUCAGUAUUGAAAUGUAUCAAGCCCUGACCUUUCAGUACAUUAUUUCUUUCUAAACAUUGUUGUCUUUUCUCAUGCCUGUUUAUGUUUGCUGUAGAAACUUGGACACCAUGUAUUGCAGCUAUCAUACAUUCCACAAUUGUUACUUAGGAUCAGUAUCAUGUGCACUUUGGACCAAAAAAGGUUAAAAUUUGAUCGAAGUGGUUCAUCAAAUAAAAAUGUUGUUAGUCCCCGGUGAAGAACAAACACCCUCACUCACUCAGUCUAUACCUGUAACUUAUUGUAAUGCUCACUUACUGAAACUUAUGCUAUUGAUUAUUCAUAUAUAUAACAAAUGACAAACUUGUAUCUAUUCAUUCUUGAAGAUGUACAUUGUUUUAAUGUCGAAACACAUUCUAAUCUGUGAUAGCACCCACAACCAGUCAUGUGACAUACAGUGAUAACUUUGCAAUCUAUGCAGCUUUUCUGGAUGCAUAUAAAAAUACUUUGCAACUAAGUUUAUUGGAACACUAUUUCGGUAUAAAUAAGACCAAGGCUGUAAAAUUUCCAUUCUGCUCAGCACAAAUAAAACCA